UUUAACAUCGAGUUCUGUCGUCAAUAACCAGCGUUCUAUGGUUUAAUUACUGACAAGUUAUUUUAGCAGUGAAUAUUCCGUAUUUCAAUAAAUUUGAGUUUGUGUGUCGGAAAAGGUUGCUUUUAAGUAUUGUACGUGGUCCGUGUAUAAUGCUGAUCACAGUACGCGUGAUACGUAUAUACGGAUAGAUGCGUAUAGGUAGGACCGAUCUGUGGAAUGGAUGCUUAAUAAGUUACGUUCUGCGUUACUUGUAGUCGUUUUUCACGUACUUCUUUGCAACACUGGCUUUCAAUUAUUGUUGAUCACUGUAAUUUUACAAAGAUUAUUAAUCUCUUGGGCAAAGGAUUGUAGAAGAACAUUUUUUAUAAUCAUGGAUUCAUCUGACAGGAAAAAUGUUUAUCUCACGAAAACGGGUGAUAAUUCAUUGAAUUCUGGAAUGAGAGAUACAAUGAUUGUUGGUCAAACGAAUAUGACUCCAGAAUGCGGUGAACCUGUAAUGAAACCUGGAAAUGUAUCCAGUGUUUCAAAUAAUCAAACAAAAUGGUCAAAUAUGCAAAGCAAAAAUUUUAUUAUUAAUGCAGUACCAGUGAAGAAUGAAAUUGUACAUCUUGAAGAUGGGGCACAUUGCAAUAAGAAAAUGCAUUACUAUGACAGACAUUAUGUCAGUCAUGAUGAAACAGAGAAACCAACACGUAGAGGAACAAAAAGAUAUAGAGAUAAAGAUGCACCUAAAAGAGCAUUGUCUGCAUUUUUCUAUUUUUGCCAAGAAUUACGUGGAAAAAUGAGAGAAUUACAUCCAGAAAUGGGAGUUGGUGAUAUUGCCAAAGAGUUGGGUAAAUUGUGGAUGAGUACAGAUCUUCAAACUAAAUCAAAAUAUAUGGCAAUAGCAGAAGAGGAUAGAGCUCGAUAUGAAAGAGAAAUAAUUGCGUACAACAAAAGAGUAAAAAAUUAUGAUCCCGAAGAAGUUGGACCCGUGUAAGUUUUUGAAUAAAUGAAGGAAACAAGGUAGGACAGUAUAUUUUGUCCUAAAUCAAGCACGCGCCAAUUGAAAAUAUAUAACAAUUUUACUA